AGAAAACCUGCAGGAGCAGCAUGUUUCAGUGUGGGUGUUAGUGUGUGUGUGCAUUAAAUCAGGAGCACACAGUCUGGCCGGCGGCUGCAAAUUUAGGAGGUAUUCACAGCAGAAGGAAGAAGAGUUUUAGCUGAAGAGGCCGUGAUCCUCAUAGGAAUUUCUGGAAAAUUGAUCUGCUCCUUGUUUUCCUGCCUGACAGUCGACUGUGUGGGCACAGUGAUCCGGAGGUCUGUCACCACGGCAACAAGGUUGAAGGAACCAGAGAACGGAAAGAAGAGGACGCCUUCUCGCUGCAGCCGACAUGUCGGCCGUCUUGCUGCUGAGCUGCUGCUUCCUCGUCGUCUUCACCCCGCCCUGUGCAGGUGAAGCAGGAAGUGACUCCAGCUGCAACAUCACCAACAGCCGCCGUGAUGAGUUUGGAGUCUGCAGGUGUGACCCAGGCUGGGAAGGUGAGCUCUGUGAGCGCUGCAUGACGAUGCCAGGAUGCGUGCACGGUUCAUGCCUGCAGCCAUGGCAGUGCAUGUGUAAACCGGGCUGGGGCGGACGAUUCUGUGACAAAGACCUCAGCAUGUGCUCUCAGCAGCAGCAGCCCUGUCAGAACGGCGCCACCUGUCUGAUGGAGGACAGCGGAGACUUCAGGUGUCUGUGUCUAGAGGGUUUCCAUGGUCCGACAUGUCAAAAGAGGUUUGGACCGUGUCACCAGACGAGGUCUCCAUGUAAAAAUGGUGGUCUGUGUGAGGAUGCUGACGGCUUUGCGGCAGAGCUGGUGUGCCGCUGCCUUGCCGGAUUCACGGGGCAACGUUGUGAGACUGACAUUGACGACUGUUUGAUGGGACCAUGUCCCAGCGGUGCCACCUGCGUAGACAGAGUGAAUCGGUUCUCGUGCCUCUGCCCAACUGGAGUCACAGGACGUUUCUGCACAGUCAACAUGGACGACUGCAUCAGUCAGCCCUGCCUGAACGGCGGCCGCUGCCUCGACCGCACCGGAGGCUUUCAUUGCCUCUGCCAGACUGGAUUCACCGGAACCACCUGCGAGACACUGCCGGGCCCCAUGAACGCCAGCCAACCAGCCUGGACGACUGGGGGCUGGGACAGUGGUCGCCAUGACAACAGGAAAGUCAAGGUGACAUUGAAGGAGCACAGCCCUACUGGACUCUCAGACCUGCAGCUCGUCAUCGUGUGGGUGCUGGCUAGCGUGACGCUAGGUGUGGUGUCCCUGACCGCCGCUCUCAUCCUGCAGGGACGCUGUAGGCGCUUUGGCCACGCCCUCUACUGGUCAUCACCAUCCUUAUCACCGGAAGCUGGAACACCCAGCCAGCCUGUGCCGUGCAAUGUGCCGGAGCAUCGGAUCAGCUUCCUGAAUGCAGUAGAACCACAGAAGAAGAAACUCAACAUAGAGGUGAUUUAGAUUGACGGGCAUGUGAGAAUGAGACCAGACUGAGAGAGAUCCACCUGGACUGUGACAUCAUCACGGUGACAUCAUGCUUUCAUCAGAUGGCUGGCAUCUGGCCAUGACCAGAUCAGAACUUCAUUCAGUCGUCAAUCACUGAUCACUGAACUGAUUACUUUAACUACCUUCAGUCAAAACUCAGGGACCCAAAGCCCACAGGAACCUGAAAAACAAGAGGAAGAAAUUACGUUGACGACCAGCGCUGAAGCUCGUCCUCAAACAUCUCAAAUUUCUGUGGAUUCACAGAUGAACGGACCCGAACAGGGUCAGGGUAGUAAACAAACUCGAGCGCGCAGGUUCUGGUUUCUUUCAGCUGCUUCCAUGUGUAGAACCCGCUUGAACUCAUCAUCUGAUUUACAUUGGGACCAAAAUGGUCAACCUGUGUGAUUUGUGUUUCUGGGUCGCCGAUAGAUUUGGAAUUGAAAAUGCAAGAGAAUUUUCUGUAAAUACUGUAAAAAACAAUCAUAUUUAUUGCUUCUUGUACAGAUUUUAUUUGGCCCACUUGGACAAAGUGUUCCCUGCUGAAAAAGAGACUGACUCAGGUGGUCCAGGACUCACCAGAACAUUUCUCUGAACAAUGCUAGAAGCAUUCUGAUCCUGUCAGCAUUAAAUUUCUUUCUGAACCUUU